AUGUAUACAUUCGCCGUCGUCGUCGGCGGUGGCGGAAGUGGUUGCGGUGGCGAAGGAGGAGGCGGCGGGGGAGGUGGAGGCGACGGUGGGGGCGGCGGAUGCGGCGAAGGCGGGGGCGGGGGCGGCGGUGAUGAUGGAGAAGGCGGUGACGGCGCAGGCGGCAGCGGCAAAGGCGGCGGUGGCAGAUGUGGCGGCGGCAGAUGCGGCGGAGGUGGCGGUGACAGCGGAGGUGGCGGUGACAGCGGAGGCGGCGGAGGCGGCGGCGGCGGUGACAGAUGUGGCAGCGGCGGCAAGCUUUUCAUUAGCCAAUGUUCACCCUCGUUCUCGCUAUCAGCCAUUUUCACUAUAUUUACCCUUAUUUUAACUGGGGACUGCGCUCUGUGUUGUGUCCUUUUAAGUACGGGUCUGUCUCUGGCUCGUGUUCUGGUAGUUCGAAAUUGGUGUUCUAUAAAUUUCCACAUGGCCAUGUGGUUAUUGCUAUUUCCACUACCGUUAAUUCAUCACAUAUUUGCAAUUAACAAAGGUUUAACUCAAGAACUUUAUUCUGGUGUCUGCUAA